GUAUUAUGUUCCUUGUCUAUAGUAUUCAUAUGAACUUUCGAGAAGUACGAUAUAUGUGAAUGUUGUGUUAAAUUUCUUAAUGGUCUGUCUUUGAUAUUUUAGAGAAGAAUCGAUCUAAUGGGUAACGAAGAAACUCCAACAGCAGUGAAUAAUGAUGAAAUGCCAGUUCCAAAAAUAAGGCACGAUUGGUAUCAAACAGAAAGUCAUGUUAUAGUUCCGAUUCUUGCGAAAAGUGCACAAAAUGUCAAAGUUGUUUAUGAGAAGAAUACGUUGAGUGUGUCUGCCCAGUUACCAUCAGGCAAUGAAUAUAGCUUGGAGUUAGAUUUAGCUCAUGCAAUAAUACCAGAUCAAUGCACAUACAAAGUUGAUCCAUCUAAAAUAGAAAUUAAAUUGAAAAAACAAGAUGGAAUUACAUGGUCUGCUUUGGAAGGAAAUCCUGUUGCACAAAAUACAGUACAACCCAUACCUCAAGAAAUUUUGCAUGCUGGAAAUCAACCACCAGAGAAUCCUGGAACUACCAAAAAGACACGGGAUUGGAAUAAAGUAGAGAAAGAGAUUGAGAAACAAGAAGCAGAAGAGAAGCCUAUAGGAGAAGCUGCUCUCUAUGCUUUAUUCCAACAGAUAUAUGGUAGUGGAUCUGAUGAAGUUAGACGUGCAAUGAAUAAAUCUUUUCAAGAGUCUGGUGGUACAGUGUUAAGCACAAAUUGGUCAGAAGUGAGCAAAGGAAAAGUUGAAGUAAAGCUACCAGAUGGUAUGGAAUGGAAAUCCUGGAAUACAUAAAAUAAUUCAGAUAAUUAAAAUUUAAAUUGCUUAAUAUUUGACACAUAACAAUUUCAUUUUAUUUUUAAUGAAAUCAUUUAUUGCAGAUAAAAAUUAGUUAAACGAUUGUCCAUAUAAAAAUAUCACAUUGUAUUUGCUCAGUUUAUCAAAUAUAUAUGUGUAUUUUUCUGAGAAAAGUAUAGCCUUGGUUUCUUAUACAAAAAACAAUGCAACUAAAUAACAUGAUAACAAAAUACUACAAAACGUCAUACAAUAUAUCAAAUUAAAUGCA